AUGGCCACCAAGAAAGAUAUGCGGAGACCGGAGCUCGUUGUUCCAUAUGUCGAGCCGCCGGCGAAAGCGUCAGAUGCUUCGGAUAUGAGCAGCACGAUGUCGAACACGAUGCCAAUGGCUGCUGAUGAUUGCCUGGGCUGCCGUUACGUUCUCCCUGCAAAACUGGAUGGCGGAAACCCCAGAGCAGCAAAAGAAGGCAGCAACGCCCGCAUACAUGGGUGUGAUUAUGGCCUACAUACAUGCCCAUGUUUCUCCCUCCUCCCGGGAGGCCUGCACCCAAAGCAGCUGCUGCCCCUCCGAUGCCACCCCCCUAAUAGACCGCUAUGA